GAAAGGUAUAAAGUAUACACAUAUACAAGUAGAUCCCCUUUUAUUGACAGACGUAUAUGUAGGCGUAACACUGUAGGCCUGGUGCCAGACAGGAUACGAUACGUGGCAAUCUGAUCCAUAAACAGGUACCUGGGGAGGCCCGAUCCAGAGGACGACAGAAAAAAGAUCCAACGGACAAGGUUACGACGGUGAAAACUUCUACUCAACCUACUCAAGUUGUACCAGUGGCCUAAGGAGGGUCCCUGUGCCUACAGAACUUUCCCAGCGCGCCCCGACAGUCGGUAACCGUUCCUGACGCAGCGAUGCCCCGUCUUGUGGUCGGUGUUCUCCUCCUGGUGGCCGCCGGACUGCUGAGUCUCCGCCCGGUCUCCGCAGACGAGGACCACGUAGAGGGCGAAGACCACGUAGAGGGCGAAGAGCACGUAGAGGGCGAAGAGCACGCAGAGGAAGAAGAGCAUCACGAAGAGCACGGACACGAACACGCGGAGGAACACGCGCACGAAUGUCCGGAGGGUUACGAAGAACACGAAGGGCACUGUUACUACUUCUCCACGGAGACGGAGACUUACUCCGGGGCCGCCGAGUUUUGCGAGGCGCAGGACGGACGUCUGGCCGCGCCCGACUGUCAUGACGAACACGCUGCCGAGUUCUUCUACAGAACACAUGCCUGGAUCAGUCCGGAUACUGAGGAAGACUGCGGCAGCGGCCACACGCCAGCUGAGACCCAGCUACCCUUCAUCUGUGUCCACGCACCAACAUGUGACGAGCCGCCUGUCCAGCCGAACACCGUCAGGUCAGGCUGUGAGGAGCCGUACGACCAACAGGAGGCCUGCCACUACUCGUGCGGCCCGGGGUACCACCUGUACGAAGGGACCGCCUCUUCUGCUAUGGCCACCUGUCUGGAUGGCGAGUGGCACGGACCCUUCAUGGUCUGCAAUGCAAACUGCCCGGAGCUGAAUCUGAACCCGGGAGUCAUGAAGAACGGCGAAAGCUGUGAAGCGCCCUACAUCACCGGGGACAUGUGCUCUUUCUCAUGCGAGGACAUGCAGCAACCAAUCAGUGGCGACCACGACAUGUCGUGUUUCGGGGGGGAAUGGAUCCAUGCAGCCACAGAUGAGUUAGGAGUACCCCUCGUCUGUAAGGACCACUUCGUUUGAUGUUAUACAUGUAUUAAGAAAUGAGAUAAUCCUAGAGCUCCAUUCGCAUUCACCAUUUUACUUAUUCAGUUCAUCGUAACACAACUGGGUUUCCCCUUUAACUUCAACCUAUAAUAAAUAAUUCCAAGUGGGCAAGUAUAUUAUACAGAAGCAAGACCUUAAAUCUUCUUGACUUUCACAUUCUAAACUGCUCUUGACUAAUGCGUCCCCUCUUACAGGUUCUUCUGACUUACUAAGAGUCUUGUUUCCUCCGUUUCAGGUCCUCCACCUGAGGAAUAAGAAGAGCAGUGGCGAGACAGUCAGAAUCUCAUCUCCAGUGCAAAACGAGCACCACACCAUCUGAACUGGCACACUGGUGCUCACAACAUGUAGGAAAGUUUAGCCUCAACCGAUGGAUGUGCUGGUCAAUUAAUUGCAAACUAGUUGAAUUUUGAAAAAUGACCUGGAGUCAUUUUGCAGAAGUUGUGGAAACGUUUUUGGUUAUAAAAAGACGAUUACCAUCAACAGAAUAAAGUGAAUUGCAAGCCUUACACUUGUAAAACUACUCACUGUCUUGUGUUGAAUUUAGUGUUUUUCAUCUGUUCUUGUUUAUAUAUAUCGAAGGAUAUUCAAAGUUUAUUUUAUCUUCCUGUAGCAUUCCAACAGUGUUGGAAACAUUCAGAUCACAUUCAAUGGAAAACCAAAGUGGGCCUGAGUAAUUGCAAUACACCCUGAUUUUCUGAGAAUGCAACAAUAUUAAUUAAACCUUAUACAAUAUAAACCUUAUAUAUUACAUCCUAACUAUACAAACCAGCCCCGUACUGAAAAUAAGAAGAAAUUGGCCUCCCUACUUUUUGGUAGGUCACCCAAAAGACACCCUAUUUUUUACACUCCCAACCCCUGCCAUGCACACAUGCCUCCUUUCAG